AUGCUGAAGUUCAAACAAAAUAUAUCUGUUGAUGACUUCGAAGAUUUCAAGAUCAACAAUGAUCCGUUAUGCUUCGAUAAUUGUCAAAAGGCAAAAAGUGCUGAUUUUCUAGACAAUUUCGAUACGAAGGAUAAAUCAUCACAAAUUUCAGCAUCAGAUUUUAAGAUAUCUAUCGUUUUAAACGAAAAUACUUUUAGAUCUCUUGUGUUAACAGAACACAAGAAAACUGGUAGAAUAUAUGUUGCUAAAGUAUUCAAAAAGAAGAAAAUUGUCAAAUAUAAUCUAAUGAAACGGAUAAUGAACGAGAAACGGAUUUUAGAGUCCAUCGAUUUCCCUUUUGUCGUUCAUCUGGAAUAUUUUUAUCAGGAUCGGGAUUUCAUAUAUUUAGUAAUGCCAUUUGUAAGUGGUGGUAACCUUGACAUGUACAUAAAGCGAUACGGGAAAAUGGAUGAGGACAAAGCACGAUUUUAUUUGUCCGAAAUUAUUCUGGCCGUCGAGUAUCUGCACAAAUUGGAUUUGUGUCAUCGCGAUAUUAAGCCCCAUAACAUAAUGAUCGAUAUUCAAGGGCAUGUUCAACUCACAGAUUUUGGGCUUUGUAAACACAUCACGCGUCAUACGUAUUCAUUUUGCGGUACUUUAGAGUACAUGGCCCCGGAGAUAUUACACAGACAAGGGCACGGGAAAUCGGUGGACUUUUGGUCUAUGGGAGUUACGCUGUACGAAUUGAUAGCCGGCCAUUCGCCGUUCCUGAACGUCGACCCUAGUACGAUGUACAAGAACAUCUUGAACGCACAGUACAACUGUCCGCUGGGCUUUUCAGGUAAUCUAAUAAACCUACUGCGAAACAUGCUCAGAGUGGACGUCACCAGACGGUACGGGAACCUAGUGAAUGGCUUCCAGGACAUAAAAAAGCACAGGUGGUUUCAUGCGACGGACUGGUGCGCGUUAUUCAACAAACAGAUCACACCGCCGUUCGUGCCGACGAUAUUUGACGCCCAGGACAUUGGAAACUUCAAGAAUCAAAGAAGCGAUAAAACGUUCCUGCAGUCCACCAGUGAAACAAAUUUGUACGACGAGGAAUUUAAGGAUUUUUAA